GGCGGGGCCUGCUGCUCACGUGACCGCCGCCCGGGCCGGGCCCACAGCCUCCGCCAUGCGCCGCCGGGCGCUGGGCUGCUGGGCGCUGCUGCUCGCCCUGGGGCUGUGCCGCGCGCACCGGGCGCGCCCCCGGAACGUGCUGCUGAUCCUCGCUGAUGACGGAGGCUUUGAGAGUGGUGCCUACAACAACAGUGCCAUUGCCACCCCACACCUGGACGCCUUGGCCUCCCGCAGCCUGAUCUUCCGCAAUGCCUUCACCUCUGUCAGCAGCUGCUCUCCCAGCCGCGCCAGCCUCCUCACGGGACUGCCCCAGCAUCAGAACGGGAUGUACGGCCUGCACCAGGAUGUCCACCAUUUCAGCUCCUUUGACCGGGUGCAGAGUCUGCCGUUGCUUUUGGGCCAGGCGGGCGUUCGCACAGGCAUCAUUGGGAAGAAGCACGUGGGGCCGGAGACUGUGUACCCAUUUGACUUCGCGUACACAGAGGAGAAUGGCUCUGUCCUUCAGGUGGGACGGAACAUCACUUGGAUUAAGCUGCUGGUCCGGAAAUUCCUGCAGACUCAGGAUGACAGGCCCUUCUUCCUCUAUGUCGCCUUCCAUGAUCCCCACCGCUGUGGACACUCCCAGCCCCAGUACGGGACCUUCUGUGAGAAGUUUGGCAACGGGGAGCGCGGCAUGGGGCGGAUCCCAGACUGGACCCCCCAGACCUAUGACCCCCAGGAUGUGCUGGUGCCUUACUUCGUUCCUGACACUCCAGCAGCCCGAGCCGACCUGGCUGCUCAGUACACCACCAUUGGCCGGAUGGACCAAGGGAUUGGACUUGUACUCCAGGAACUGCGUGGGGCGGGCGUCCUGAACGACACCCUGGUGAUCUUCACUUCGGACAACGGGAUCCCCUUCCCCAGUGGCAGGACCAACCUGUACUGGCCGGGCACUGCUGAGCCCUUGUUGGUGUCGUCCCCAGAGCACCCACAGCGCUGGGGCCAGGUCAGCGAGGCCUACGUGAGCCUCCUAGACCUCACGCCCACCGUCUUGGAUUGGUUCUCCAUCCCCUACCCCCGCUAUGCCAUCUUUGGCUCGAAGACCGUGCAGCUCACGGGCCGGUCCCUCCUGCCGGCGCUGGAGGCGGAACCCCAGUGGACCACCGUCUUUGGCAGCCAGAGCCACCACGAGGUCACCAUGUCCUACCCCAUGCGCUCUGUGCACCACCGGCAGCUCCGCCUCGUGCACAACCUCCACUUUAAGAUGCCUUUCCCCAUCGACCAGGACUUCUACGUCUCACCCACCUUCCAGGACCUCCUGAAUCGCACCGUGACCGGCCAGCCCACGGGCUGGUACAAGGACCUCCAUCACUACUACUACCGGGAGCGCUGGGAGCUCUAUGACCGGCGCCAGGACCCCCACGAGACCCAGAACCUGGCCGCCGACCCGCGCUAUGCCCAGGAUCUGGACCUGCUCCGGGUUCAGCUGGCCAAGUGGCAGUGGGACACCCAUGACCCCUGGGUGUGUGCUCCCGACGGAGUCCUGGAGGAGAAGCUCUGGCCCCAGUGCCGGCCACUCUACAACGAGCUGUGAGAGCCCCCAGGGCAGUGACCACAGCCCUUCCUCGAAGUCCCAUCUGAGGGCUCUUCCUGAUGCUGGGGUCCUUCCUGCCUCUGCCUGGAGGGCAGUGCAGGGCGCGUGUCCCAGCCUCCCAACCCAUGGUAGGGGACACCACUGCCCUGUGCCCCAGCACAGGCAUUCCAGAGGACCUGGGGACACAGGGAUCCCCAGCCCAUGACAGGUGAAGGGAGUGUUUCCUGGUUGGGCUGGGGACCUGCGAAUAGAAGGGGCUGCAACCUAGGGCUUGAGACCCUCUUCAUUCUUCGGAACCCACAGAUGUUCCUUCCCAUGCCCCUCCCCCAAGAGGAGAUGGGGCUUCCAGGUGCACUUGGGUGGUGAGCGGGAACACAGUAGCUGGCUUUUGUCAGCCUCUGGUCUUGAGGCAACCUUGGAAUAGUCCACUAGGCCACCGAUUCGGGCCAGCUCGGAGUAACGAGUUGGGCAC